CACUUCUCGAUCGCCUCAAACAGGCUGACAGAUUUCGAUCUUGUAUUACUCCCACGCCUACAAAUCCUGACUCGGACCUUCCUUUCUCGUUGGCCCACAGGCCUGCUGUCGUUGACUUCCACAAGUUCGACAGGAGCUUACUCGCAUCAGCCAAAAUGCCGGCUCCUCUUGCACGAGGCAUCAUAAUCACAGUGAGCGUGCUGGUAGCCGCUAGCCUCGCAGCCUACGAGAAUCCUCAGGUCCGGGCAUGGGUGCAAAGAACGAGACACAAGAUUGCCAUGGGCCUACACUCGCUUGGAGACGAGAUAGGCCCCAAUCCACAACCACAACCUCGGUCGACCGAUAUCUCCAUGCACGAGGACAAAAGCGAAGUCGCCGAAGCACGCCGACAACGAGCACGAAUGGAAAUCAUGGAACGUGGGCGUUUGAAUGAAGAGCGACGGAAAAAGAGAAGGUUGGGAUCUCAGAGCACAGCAACUUCACCAAGUUUUGAUACGCUGGUCGAUGACAGUGGUCACCUAAGACCUAUGGAUCAUGAAGAGUACAAUCCCAAUGGAACUAGCACUGCCAUAGACACACAAGGAGGAAUGAGCGAAAUGCGACAGAGAUCUGGGGAGUCCCACACAGUUCAGCCACCAUUCUCGCAUGACAGCAACCCGAAUUUGUUACGAGCAGAACCUGAGUCGACCUCUUUGCAUCUGGGAAGCACGCCCUCUGAAUCAAGAUAUGAGCGUGAAAUGCGCGAGGCUUGGAACAUACCACUCUCUGUCAGAAAUAUUCAAAUACCGCCAAGCCAUGGGUCUGAGAGCCUUGUUGACCUCACGCCAACUACAGACGAAUUUCCUGAUCCUGAUUAUUCAAUUCCGACCGCUGAGCAUCUACGUGCACGACUUCAACAAUCAGACUACUUCUCGGCUGUUGCGUCUGAGAACUCACACACUGUGGCCAGCCGUUCAGAAUCACCGGUUUAUAGAUCUUUAGGUCACAGAGAGGCUCGCCUUGACAAUAUUUUCGACCGCUCGGGGGACCGCACCCCACCAGCAGCCAUGACGCCGAGCUUGGCGGGGAGUGUGAGCGACAUACAUGCAAGUGAAGCUGAAGACAGUUCGGAUGAUCUCCUGAGUGAUAUUGGAGAUGGUAUUCGAACACCUGGGAGUACCUGGACCGAUGUAGAUAGUACAAUCAGUGGGGAUAGGUGAUAUUGUGAUAGAACAAGAGUAUCGGCUACUCUUCUGGCAUUGGAUGCAAAUUUCUGGGGAUCUGGCGUGGUGUUAUGGCGCCAGGGUUGACCUUCUAGGAUCCGACGAUGUUUAUUGAUAGCAACACGAAACAACAUCUUGAUUCAAC